UACACUAGAAGAUCUGUCGAAGGUCUUUCCAUAUUCAUGUUCAUAUUUGCUGCACUCGGCAACCUCACCUACACUUUGUGCAUAUUCACAAACCCGUUGUCAUCAAAAAAAGGUUCCUCUUACCUUCGUGAAGCUGUUCCUUACAUAUUAGGAUCUAUCGGUACCUUAUCUUUUGAUCUUGUUGUGUUUAUUCAAUGGUUAGCUUGGCGUGAUCCUGAACGUCGAAAGUUUCGUCGAAGUCAAAAUUAUUCUGAAUGUGAAAUUGAGUAUCAGCAAGUGCCAAGUGUUAGGA